AUAGUGAAUACGUGGUAUUUGUGAGACUGUUUACAUCAUGGCUGCGGUGGAUUUCAGAGACAACCUACUUGGGAUAUCCUGGGUGGACAGCGGCUGGGUACCAAUUCUUAACCCUGGAAAUGUACUGGACUACUUCUCUGAGAGAAGCAACCCCUUCUAUGACCGAACCUGUAAUAACGAGGUAGUGAAGAUGCAGCGGCUUACUUUGGAACAUCUGAAUCAGAUGGUGGGAGUGGAGUACAUUCUUCUUCAUGCUCAGGAGCCAAUUCUUUAUAUAAUCCGUAAACAACAGAGGCAGUCACCAACACAAGUUACUCCCAUGGCUGACUACUACAUCAUAGCAGGAGUGGUGUAUCAGGCCCCAGACCUGGGAACAGUUAUCAGCUCCAGAGCGCUUUCUGCUGUUCAUGGAAUCCAGUCUGCUUUUGAUGAGGCCAUGUCAUACUGCCGCUAUCACCCAUCCAAAGGAUACUGGUGGCACUUCAAGGACCAGGAGGAGAGAGAAAAAGCCAAGCCCAAGUCUAAGAAGAAAGAGGAACCGAGUUCACUGUUUCAGAGGCACCGUGUUGACACACUCCUUUUGGACCUCAGGUCCAAGUUUCCACCAACAUUCUACCAGCCUAAGCCUGGUGAGAAGCCUAUUCCAGUUGAGGUGAAGAAAGAGCCUGAACCCCCCACAGAAGCUGUAAAACAAGAGGAGAGGGAACCAUCCACAAAGUCCUCCGCUCCAGCUCCUCCAAGCAAACCACCUCCUGAGAAGAGAGCAAGGCUACAGUGACAUUCUUCUCAAGUUCUGGGAAGAUGGAGCAGGGAAACAUGAAGUCCUACAGCACUACCUGAAGGAACAGCUUGGUUCCAAAAUUGCAAGAUCAUCUGCCACUGCUCAUUUCAUCAGUUUACAGGAUUCUAAGAAUGAACCGGCACAAAAAGUGUCUUGUCUCCGUGCCAGGACUACUUUUACACUGUAACAUUAGUCUGGUACACGUCAUAGCUUUGGCAUCAUGGACAUUUGAGGCAGCUGUACUAUGAACAGGGGGUUAACAGCUUGAUGUCAGCAGGCAUUUAGCAGAGUUUGUUAAGGGAAAGGUUUUUUGAUGAUAAGAUGACCUCAGCAUCAGUGUCGGAAUACUGUUGACGUCAGCAUAAUAUUUGCAUGGUAGUGACUUCAGGACAAUUCCCAGCCUGCUUUACAUGGGUAUGUGUUAUGAUACAUUAUCUCAUCUGAAAAGCAAAAGGCUUCUUUGACUUUAGCACCUCUCUUUAAUUACACUUUCAUCUGUUUUAUUUUAAGGAAUACUCUUUCUUUUGUGUUUUUGUAUUAAAAAGCAUCAACUACUGCAUCCUA